AUGGGCUUGGAUUCCACCUUCGCUUUCGAAGGAUGGAGCAUAAAAUACACAUUCUCCAAGUCAGCGGGUAAUCAGCAAUCUCCAGGUAGCACAGUCGCCUUUGUUCACGGUACGCCGUGGUCAUCAGUGGUCUUCCAGCCCGUGGCAAAGGCUAUGAUCGCCAGUGGGCGGUAUAGCGUCCUUCUCUACGACUUGCCGGGCUAUGGCCAGUCUCAGGCAUUCCAGGCCUCUCAUCCAAAGACAGAAAACGCAAUGUUUGAUGGCGACACGUCGGUGCGCUUCCAAGCAGCCGCACUCGCCGCUCUGCUCAGCCACCUGCAUCUCACCGGGUCAUUGGCGCCGGCCGUCAUCGCACACGACAUUGCUGGAGCCAUCGCCCUGCGCACUCACCUCUUGCAUGGAUGCGACUUUGCUUCUCUGCUCCUGAUGGACACCAACGCCGUGCUGCCAUGGGGCGAUGGCUUCUACAAGAUGGUGCGUGCCGAACCGCACGUCUUUCUCCAACUACCCUCGAAGACCUUCGAGGCGAUCGUCCGGAGCGUGAUCCGCAGCGCAUGCUUCAAUCCGCGCACCCUAGCCUCCGGCUGGGAAGAAGCAUUGGCGAUCCCGUGGACUGCGGGCCUGGAUGGCGAUGCGUCGGAGGCCGCGUUAGAGACAAAGCAACGCAGCUUCGUCCGACAGAUUGCCCAGGCGAAUGACGAAAUGCUGGAUAGGAAUCUCUACGCGAACGUGAAGUGUCCUGUUAAGAUUGUCUGGGGGUCGAAUGACGAUUGGAUUCCGAGGGAGAAGAUGGAUCGAUUGGCUCAAUUGCUGAACCAUUGCCUCCGCGACUUUGUCGUCAUCCCUGAGGCGGGCCAUUUAAUAAUGAUUGACCAGCCCGAGAGAGUCACGUGGGAGAUUUUUGAUUGGCUGGAUCGGGGUCAAACGGCAGAGCGAUGA